AUGCAGCAUUGGUUGGAGCGAUGGAGAGGAUCGUUUGUGCUGCGCGCCAAGUAUGUGGACAUGGAUGUUCAACAGGAGUGCAUCGAGAGCCGGCAGCUAUCUGCGCUGAUAUCUCCACCUCGUGGUGCUAUGCGUCUGAUGGAUGCCCUGCAACGUGCCUCAGAGCACUCCGACAACGUUGCGACAUUAUGCCCUGCGCUUCGGAACUUUGCAAUGGUCUAG